AUGUUUGCCAAGUUAUCAUUCGGGGCGGCCCGUCACCGAUCAAGGCGCGAGUGCCGGGUUGGGGGAUGGGUUGGGGGGUGGGUUGGGCAGCCAAAUAAGAAGCCGGGCCAUGAGAAGCUAGCGGGAGGUGCCUACUUCCAAGGUUCCAAAGAUCUAUCGCUGGCUGAAGAAAAACGACAACCAACAUCAGCAGCGGUCAUCGCCAAUUCCAGCCGGGAAACAGACGUGUCGCAUCAAAGACAGAACCCGCUGAAGGUCAUGAUAGCAAUGGUAGCCAUUGUCUGUAUCCUUGAUGCACUCCCCGAUCACAAGACCUGCGGCAUGUCUUUACAUGCAAAAUAA